AUGGCCAUCCCCUUACUAGGAAGAAUCUCUAUCCGAGAAUGGCCGCUCUUCAUAAUAUCACUCUCGCUUGCCUGGCUAGAAUACGUCAGUUCCCUCAUCACUAGUUUGCUACCAGCGCCAAUAAUUCAAAUAUUUACCUCGGGUAUAACUCUCUUCUAUCGGUUUUCCGCCGAGCCUAUCAACCUCAUCAAGGGGGUGUCUGACCUGGACAAUAUCUCAGGGACAACCACCUACAAGUACUUGGAUUCAGACACACAUGGUGAUGUUGAAGAUGAAAAAUACCACCUUAUGAUCGAUGUGUUGAACGCUCCAGAUAUCCAACACAUGUGUUCACUCUUUGGCUACAACAUCGAGUCGCAUAUCGUCAAGACUACCGACAACUACUUGCUUACCCUUCAUCACUUGGUCCGUCCGGAGUCGCACAUCCCACGCAAUGGGAAAGUUAUUUAUUUGCACCAUGGUCUCUUGAUGAGUAGUGAUAUCUGGGUCACCAUGCUUGAAAGACACCUUAACUUGCCCUAUCUUCUCCAUGACUUGGGUUACGACGUCUGGUUAGGAAAUAAUAGGGGGAAUAAAUACUCGCAGAAACAUCUUUUCUACAAAACUAAUUCAGAAAAGUUUUGGGACUUCUCCUUGGAUGAAUUUGCUCUCUUUGAUAUCCCCAACACAGUUGAUUACAUCUUGAAUUCCACCUCGCUGAAGCAACUCACUUAUAUCGGGUUCUCUCAGGGCUCGGCCCAAUGCUUUGCCAGUAUGUCGGUGAACCCGGAGCUCAAGGACAAGAUUGACCAGGUGAUUGCCAUUUCCCCAGCCACCACUCCACAUGGCCUCUAUUCGAAGCUCUUGGACAUUCUUUUGAAGGCGUCGCCAUCCUUGGUGUACUUGAUUUUCCUGAGACGUGUUCUUUUACCCUCGGUAUUACUUUGGCAACGUUUAAUGUACCCACCACUCUUUGAUAGUCUUAUUGACGCGUCCAAUUAUUUCCUUUUCAACUGGAAGUCUCUCAAUAUCCAGAAAAUGCAAAAGAUUGCCAGUUAUGCCCAUCUCUAUUCACCCACAUCUGUCAAGUGUGUGGUACACUGGUUCCAAGUCAUUCUGUCUAAGAAGUUCCAAAUGUUUCAAGACUCGGAUUCCAUGUCUGGCCUGAACCCGAUCUAUUACCCGUUGAAGAACAUCAAGACGCCUAUCCACAUUAUUUAUGGGGAUCUGGACUCGUUAGUUGAUAUUGACGUGAUGAAGAGCCAACUUCCCUCGGACAGUACCACCGUCCAUAGAGUGCAUGGACAUGAACACUUGGACAAUAUCUGGGGCCAUGACGCCAAAGAAGAGGUGUUUGAACACGUUAUUCAAUAUCUUGGCGAGACUUCGUUCAAUGCGUCCAAUAUCAAAACGAAAAAGUCUUAUUUACAGUUUGUAACAGCUGAUGAAGAUUAUGUUCGUGAUGGAGAGGAAGCCGUUUCGGGCCAGGCGUCCACGGUUGAAGACUUUGUUAUUAGCCAUAGAAAGCCAUCCACUGGAGGGUCUGUAUUUGUUUAG